AUGGUACCAGGCAAUCACACAUGGGUUACAAAAUUUUAUCUUCUGGCAUUAUCAAAGGAACCAGAACUGCAAUCCCUCAUUUAUGGACUUUUCCUGUGCAUGUACCUAAUCACUGUGUUUGGGAAUCUACUCAUCAUUCUGGCCACAAUCUCAGACUCUCACUUACACACACCCAUGUAUUUCUUCCUCUCCAACUUGUCUUUUGUAGACGUAUAUUUCACUUCAACAACCAUCCCUAAGAUACUAUUGAAUAUACAAACACAGAGCAAAGACAUAACUUAUGAAGGCUGCAUAACACAGAUGUAUUUUGCAUUAUUUUUUGGAGUACUGGAUGACUUUCUCCUGACUGUCAUGGCCUAUUACCGCUAUGUGGCCAUCUGCCAUCCCUUACACUAUAUGGUUAUCAUGCAUCCCCACCUGUGUGGACUGCUGGUCCUAGUGUCCUCGAUGACAAGUGCACUGCAUUCCUUGUUACAAAGCUUAAUGGUGUUGCGACUGUCCUUCUGUGCAGAACUGGAAAUCCCACACUUUUUCUGUGAACUCAAUCAGAUGGUUCAACUUGCUUGUUCUGAUACCUUUCUUAAUGAUGCAGUGAUAUAUUGUGCAGCUGGGCUGUUUGGUUUUGGCCCUUUUGCUGGUAUACUGUACUCUUACUUGAAGAUUGUGUCUACUAUACAUGGAAUCUCAUCAACUCAGGGAAAACAUAAAGCAUUUUCCACCUGUGUGUCUCACCUCUCAGCUGUCUUUUUAUUUUAUUGUACAACCCUAGGAGUGUACAUUAGCUCUACUGCCACCGACAACACACACUCAAGUUCAUCAGGCUCAGUGUUGUACACUGUGGUCACACCCAUGUUGAACCCCUUCAUUUACAGUCUGAGGAACAAAGACAUAAAAGAGGCUCUGAAAAAACUCAUUGGAAAGGAAUCUACAAAAGGACCAAUUGUUAUGUAG